AUGCCGCCUCGACGAUCAGGACGAAACAAGAAGAAGGACGAGGAUGUGACGAUGGCUUCUGCCGACACGGAUGUCAAGCAGGAAGUGCCAUCUUCUCAGGACCAGGAGGAGACCAAGGAUCAACCAAACAAACCGAAGCGUGGAAAAAAGCGAGGAGCUACUGAGGUGUCCAAGGAGGAUCAGGUUAAAACGGAGGCUGGUACAGAUGAAACAGCUGAUGUCAAGCAGGAAACCACAGAGACUUCUAACGAAACACAAGCACCAGUUCAAGAGACUGCAGAAACGACGGUGGAAUCUGAACAGACUGCCGACGAGGCAUCUGUAGUGGCCCAGGUGGAGGAAAAGCUUGAACGGAUCAACGACAAGAAUGACAAGCUCAGCGAAAAGAGAGUAUCCGACAAAGUGCUGGAUCAGACGAAAAUCACCCUGCGACUGCUGAUGAGCAGACACGCCACAGACAAGGUGGAUAAGACGGUCAAGAAGACUGUGGAGGAUGCAGGAAUGACGAUUGAGGUGGUGGAUACGGUGAAUGCGCCGGAAAACGUGAUUCUUCUACAAGGACCGUGUACCGGUUUGGAUACUUGCAUCAAGGCUCUAUUGGACCUCGACACAGCCCUAGCUCCUCCUGGAAUGAUCACACGACGGCUUAGACUGCUGUUUGAGGAUCAGGUGUUAUCAGAGAUUCCACAGAUCAACAUCGCCACAAACCAGAACCUGUUUGCAUCUCGACCUAUUGAUAUUGUCACAGGUGUCCAUGUGAGCGUAGGCAUCUCUACCCUUCCUCAGAGCACUGACAGAAGCGUGGUUGUUUCAGGACAUGCGAAUGCAGUCAUCAAGGCUGUUCGUGAGUUUCUCAAAAUGAUUCUGUUUAUCCAAAUGGACGGGUUGAAGGCUAAUGGAAACAACACAGAUGCUGCCAAUUACGAGAUCGACUCCUCCACAGCUAUUUCAGCUCCAUACAUCUCUAAGCUGGUCACUGGCGUGUACGGUCACCCUGACACGUUUGUCAGACAGAAGGAGAAUGAAAAGUACGUUGGAAGCAAUACAUACAUUACUCGAAGACGUCGGGUGGAGAUUCCGGAUAUCGAUCUCCGAAACGUUCCCAAGGGACCCGCCGCCUCUGCUUCGACAUACACCAACAACGGAAACAGCAAUAGCCACGGAUAUAACAACCACGGAGGACACAACUACAAUAACCAUCGAGAAGGUGCAGGAUACCACAACAGCGGUGGACCUCGAGAUGGACCUCGAGAUGGACCCCGAGAUGGACCCCGAGAUGGACCCCGAGACGGACCUAGGGAUGGACCUAGGGAUGGACCACGUGACGGACCACGUGACGGACCACGUGAUUUCAAGCCUCCUACUGGUCCUCGAGGUCGAGGGGGUGAUCGCCCUGUUCGCCAGGAUGCCAGAGGUCCUGAGAUUCGCGAGUUUUCACCUCGAGAAGCCUCAGGACAGACCACUCAACAGAUCAACGUACGAAAGGAUAUGAUUGGAGCUAUUAUUGGCAAGGGGGGAUCCUCUAUUUCGGAAAUCAGGAAGAAGUCCGGCACCAACAUUCGUGUGAUUGACUCGGAGGACCCCAGUCAGUUGGAACGGUCAGUCAGUAUCACUGGAACUGCCGAUGGAGUCAAAAUUGCUGUCCGGCUAAUCCAUCAGAAGAUUGAGCAGGAAAAACACAUGUAUCGAAGAAGUUAG